AGCUUAGUGUUUACUUUUCCCCUAUCUGGGCAUCUGACAAUCAUUACUAAUCAUCACACUCAUUCUCAUUAUCCCAAAUCUACGAAUUUCUGCCAUUAAGUCAGGAUUGUUGCUCAAGAAAAUUUGCUGAUGACAUUUUUGGAUUCAAGUCGACUUGAUGAUCUCCAAAGACUGACAAUUACAAAAUGUUGUCAUCCUUGAAAACCAAAAGCUAUUUGACACUGCCAUGUCGUUGGAAGAUAAUGUCGAGCUCUUCUCGGCACUUAAAUAUCACUGCUUCGGAUGUGGACAGUCUCGACAACUCAGGUACUAAGAUGUUACGAAUCCCACCGAGAAAAGCAAAAGUGGUUAUUUGUGGCGGUGGUGUGAUGGGAGCAGCGGUUGCAUACCAAUUGGCUAAUAGCGGAUUAGGAAGCGAAACCGUUAUCGUAGAGCAGGCAGCUAUUGGAGGAGGAACUACGUGGCGGUCAAGUGGACUGGUAGCCACCUUCAAACCGACCCAUUCGCAGGUGAAGUUAGCUCAGCAGUCCAUUGAAUUGCUGAAAAGUUUGACCGAUAAAGGCUUGCCAACUGGUUGGAAGCAGUGUGGAUCAUUGCAUUUAGCUCGGAAUCGGGAUCGAAUGACUCAUUUUCGACGAAUGAAGUCUCAAAGUGUUGGUUGGGGCAUUGAAUGUGAACUACUUACAGCAGCGCAGUGUAAAGAGAAAUGCCCUUUGUUGGAAGUGAAGGACGUGCUCGGUGGUUUUUGGAUACCACAAGAUGGUUCCAGUGAUCCGCAUCUGGUUUGCAAGUCGUUAAUUUCAGAAUCUCAGCGAAUGGGCGUCAAUGUCGUCGAAUUCAAUCCAGUAACAAAGGUUAUUCAGGAAAACGGUAAAAUAAAGGCGGUCGAAACGAAAAACGGCCGCAUCGACUGUGAAUAUUUUGUGAAUUGUUCGGGAUUUUGGGCUCGUAACAUUGGCCAACUAUCCGAUCCGAUUGUGAAAGUACCGCUACAUGCAGCCGAUCAUUACUAUUUGCACACAAAGGUCAUUGAAGGAUUGGAUCCAAUGACACCAGUUGUCCGGGAUUUAGAUGGACAGAUUUAUUUCCGCGAAAAUGAUGGACGAAUCCUGUGCGGCGGAUUUGAAUUGGAAGCCAAACCGGCAUUCGAUAGCGGAACUAUUCCCGAUUCAAUAAACGAACGAGAACAACCAGCUGACUGGGAUCAUUUCCACGUUCUAUUUGAACAGCUACUGAAACGUGUACCGAGCCUAAAAGAUGCUUCCCUGGAACGUUUGUGCAAUGGUCCCGAAGCAUUUUCACCGGAUUGUAAAUGGAUAUUAGGCGAAAGUCCUGAAAUCCAAAACUAUUUAAUUGCCGUUGGAAUGAAGACUGUCGGUAUUUCAGCCGUUGGAGGAGUGGGGCGUGCAAUAUGCGACAUUAUACUCAAAGGAUAUUCGUCUGUUGAUUUAUAUGACUUGGAUGUUUCACGUUUCUUGGGACUACAUAACAACCGGCGGUUUCUAAUGGAUCGAGUCAGAGAGGUUCCAGGUUUGCACUACGGUCUUCCAUAUCCUUUCCAGGAAUUUUCAACUGGACGCUCCCUUCGAAUGUCGCCAAUAUUCCCCGCACUUCAGUCACAAGGCGCGGUUUUCGGACAGACGAUGGGCUACGAAAGACCCAACUACUUCGACAAACAAGGCCUAAAUGAUCCGGAAAAUCUUUCCUUUCGUAUAUCGGAUACGAAAACGUUUGGCAAACCUCAUUGGUUCGACUUUGUAUCGGUUGAGUACGAUGCUUGCAGAGAAAAGGUCGGUCUUGCCGAUUACAGUUCAUUCACAAAAUUGGAUCUAUGGUCAAAGGGCGAUGAGGUUGUAGACUGCCUGCAAUAUCUAUGCUCAAAUGAUGUUGAUGUGCCAGUGGGCUCGAUUAUCCACACCGGCAUGCAGAAUCAUCACGGUGGCUACGAGAAUGAUUGCUCGUUGGCAAGAUUAGCACCGAAUCACUUUAUGAUGAUAGCGCCGACCAUUCAGCAGACGCGAUGCAGAAGCUGGAUUUUGAAAAAUUUACGUGGUGCAAGAGUGAACGUUUCGGAUGUGACGUCCAUGUACACAGCAAUUUGCGUUUUGGGUCCAUUUUCCAGAAGUUUGCUGGCCGAACUUACCGAUACGGAUCUGUCGCCGAAAAAUUUUCCAUUCUUCACUUUCAAAGAACUGGACGUAGGAUUGGCGAACGGCAUACGGGCUAUGAAUUUGACGCAUACCGGGGAACUGGGCUAUGUCCUCUACAUUCCGAAUGAAUUUGCAUUGCAUGUUUAUGGUAAAUUGUGGGAUGCGGGCCAGAAGUUUGGUAUUCAACAUGCUGGUCACUAUGCCACACGAACAUUGAGAAUUGAAAAGUUUUAUGCGUACUGGGGACAGGAUCUAGAUACAUUUACCACACCGUUGGAGUGCGGCCGCAGCUGGCGCGUCAAAUUUAACAAAAAUAUUGACUUUAUUGGACGUGAUGCACUGCUGGAGCAACGCGAAAAUGGCGUUCGUCGAAUGUACGUUCAACUUCUACUGAACGAUCACGAUCCAGACAUCGAUCUGUGGAGCUGGGGUGAUGAACCAAUCUAUCGAAAUGGUUACUACUGCGGACAGACAACAACGACCGGAUAUGGAUACACGUUUAAGAAGCAAGUGUGCCUGGGAUUUGUCAAAAACAUUGACAGAAAUGGUGUAUCGCAGAAGGUGACUAAUGAAUACGUUCUGAGCGGUGACUAUGAGGUUGAAAUAGCGGGCAUCAAAUAUCCUGCAAAAGUCAAUUUACAUUCUCCAAACUUACCAACAAAAUAUCCGGACAAAGAGCGAGAAUCGUAUCAGGCAACGCGACACAAACAGGAUGAACGUAGUUUGUUGUCGUAUCGGUGAAAAACAA